UCCCCUUAGACUAGUGUACGCCUCACAGUUUGGAAAACGCUGCUUUAGUAUAUUGUCGUCUUGUUCCGCGAACGUUCUUUGCCUUUAGCCAAUAAUAUCUACAUAUUGAUUGUAUUGUGUGUUUGUGCUGCAUUCGGAUCGGAUAAAUAGUAUGGAUCUCCGGAUUUAAAGAGAAAUUACGUAUAUCCUAGUCAUCCGUCGCCGAUACCGGCGUUUCAGAUGCCCGGCCAAUACAGUCCGAAAUGCAUUCCGUUGCAGGUAUUUAUUGUGAUCUGUUCUGAUAGCAUCCAUUCAUUUGAUUGGCUGAUGCGGUGUUCGUAUGUGUUUUGUAUUUUUGUCCGUUUCAUCACGUUUGCGUUUAUUCAGGACCUGAAAAGCUCGACGACACACAUGAGCCCGUUAUCGGUGAGGGCUUCAUCCAGAACGCAGGAUUCGUCCUUCAUCCAAGACCCCGACGAAUCGGUAGUGAAAAUCAGUUCGAUGUUUCCCACCGUGUCCGAAACGCAUAUCCGUUUGCUUCUCAAAAAGUAUCACAAUCGAGAGGCUGUCGUGAUUAGCGCUUUGCAAGUGGAGAAGCAUCCAAUUGCCACGCCGGGUCCUUUCGCAACGCCACCUCCGACGAGGAGCGCGAACGCACCUUUGUACAUGUCUACACCACCUCUGGGGUUACGCAGUUACUCCAGAACGAGCAGUCCGAUUCUAAAGACUUGCAGUUCCAUCGCUAAUAACUCUGUGUGCGAAGCUUACCGCAACUCGCCCAGACCCCAUUCCUCGCCCAAACUCAAGCUAAGAUACAUGAAAUCCAUUUUUCCGAAAGCCGAGGAGACGGUCAUCCUGGACGUCCUUGCCAACAAUGAGAACAACAUCCAGAAGACGUCCGAAUGCCUGAAGGGCAUGGGUUUCGUCAAGAAGGAUCCGGCCAAACUGAAGCAGGAGCUCGAGGAUAAGGCCAAAGAGAGGGAGGAGCAGCAGCAAAUUGCCAAAGCGGAUUCUCCGCCGCCGAUGCCAAAGAUAAAGACGCAACAGGAGAAGGACAGCGUUAAGCUCAAUCUGCUGGACUCGUACAGCGACAUCCCGGAGCACGUCAUCGGGAUGGCACUGGACAGCGUCCACUUCGACGAAGAUCGUGCCAAACAGAUUUUGGACAUCAUGGUUCAAGAAGAUAAUAAGAUCAAGGAGAACAACAGGAAGGAUCAGGUGGAGGACGAGGUUAUCGAGGUCACCUUCUUAACCGUCGUCAAUAACGUGGCCUCGUCGCAGAGCAGGCAAUCGCUCAAGUCGCUGCUCAAAGAGAAGCAGGACAACAGCAAAACUAUCUACAACAGAGUGAUCGAGGAAAACAGCAUGAAUAAUUCCGAGUACAAGUCGUCCAAUUUAUCCAGCACCAACGGAUGCAAUCCCGAUUUUGCAAACGGCGCCAACCAAAAACUGCUGCUCGAAGACUACGUGAACUGGCAAGGACCGAAUCCGAAGUUGUCGAAUGGACCAAACAGGAGUCUGCUAUUACCGAGACGCGAAGCGUACAAAGCGAGCGGUGCAAAUCCGGAUCUCUGCAAGGGUCCGGUCUUCGGUCUUGCCAAAGGUAGUAUUUUCUCGCAGCUCAAGAGCAUGGCCAUAGGGGAAUCCCGCGGCAAAUAACUCAAUUGCAGCAUUCUUUAAUAAGUUCAUUAUUUUUUUUCUUGAUUCUCUCAUAUCUCCACCAUUUACUAUCUAUCUAUCAGAUUAUAUUUACGUAUUGUUGAAUCUUUAUUAUUACUAUUAUUAUAAUUGCAGUAUUAUUUGUAAUCUAUAUAAAUUUCAUUAAGGUGCCAAAUAGUAUUUAGUGAUUACCGUUUUUGUUAUCGAUUAAGUUUUUAAUUCCAUUCUUUUUUAAUUUUUGUUUGUUGAACUUGCGAAGUAAUGAUGUUUUUAGAGAAACGUAGAUUUAGAGAGUAAAUCCCUGCCACACAUAUCUGAACAAGUACCUGUUUGUUUUAUCAAUGAUAAUAAUUUAACAAAAAAGAAGAGAUAGUUUUCUUUGAAUUGAAUUUAGUUUAAUGAAAAAUUUGGAGACUAGUUUUUGGAUGUUUACACAACUGAAUUUGGGCUGAAGGAUCACGUGGAAAGAAGGUAUAUUGGCAUUCUUUUUGUUAUUCCGUUAAAACUUUUUCUGUUCGAAAUAAUUCAAAUUAUAUAAUUAUAAUGUGUAGUUGAUCAAUUGAUAAUUUCAGUGCAAUUUUAGUUCCUAGUGUACUUUAGUUUAGUUUUAUCUUUAGAUUCGUUUAGUGAAGGAACAUCUCGACCGGUUAGCUCCCAAGUAAACGCCAAGCAUAGUAACUUGAGAGAUUAUUGAACUAUCUGCAAAUAUAACUAGUUCAAAAUAGCUCAAGAAACUGUCUUCGUGUAAAACGCAGAGGUUGCAAGUCGAGGAGUUUCUCAAGGCUGUGGGAUAAUGAUUAUGUUGUCGUGAACUGAAUGCCGCCCAUGUAGUCAUCUUCUAUGAUACUACUACAAAAAAA